AUGGGCGGAACGCGCCGCUCGCUCGUCGCAGCAGUCGUCGGCGCCGCUCUGCUGAGCGUCCCGUUGCUCUCCAGUGCGAACGCAAAAGCGCUCGUCGACGCGCGCGGGCUGCAGUUUGUCUCGCGCGACGCGUUCUGCGCCUACCACUGCAGCCGCGCGCACGUCCAUCAGGUGUAUCGCCACUUGCGCGCGCAGUCUGAAUGCCUCGAGGCCGUCUGUCCCGCGUACUUUGACGAUCGCGGCGCUCCUACUGCACCGCCGUCUGCUGUUCGCCGUCGCUUGCGGCCGAGCGUAGCGUUCCCGCGAUCCACUGACGACCGCUCGUCGGCGCUGGACGAAGCCGCUGUGGUCGCCGACGUGCACGCAGCGACGGAAGACGGUAAGAACGUGACGAUCAUCAGCGUCGUCUCGUGCGCGAGCGUCACGGACAUUACGCUGAGCAUCGGCGAUCCCGAGCAAGACGAGUUCGCCGGCUUUUACACGGCGUUCUCCACAGCGUACGACGCGAUGCUCGCGGGCGCGAACGCCACGUUCGACGCGUGUCAGCUGCAGUUCCUGCAGAAGGAGCUGCUCGCGACGUACGCGACGGCUGACUUGGUCGACGCGGCCGACGUGAUGGAGAUCAAGCCGUCGCUCAUCAAGCUGCACGUGGCGCGCGACGAGCUCGCGUGCGUGCAGGCGAUCAAGUCCAUUUGGCCCGCGACGAGCGAGAGCCACACGCCGUUCUUGACGCGGAGCGACCAGACCACAGCGGCGGCCACAGUGCUGCUCGUGCACGUGAGUGCGGCGGUCGGCGACGCGAUCCUCGCGCUGCCGUGCGUCGAGAGCGUGACGGUAUUGCCGCCGAUUCUUAAGCUCAUGCCGUUCGCCAAGAGCUCGUACGCGCUGUCGCGCGACACGGCCAAGUCGCGCGAGGGGCCGGCGCUCGAGAUCCGCUUGGCCAAAGGUGCGGCGACGGACCGUGCGCUCGGCCGCUUGGCGACGCGCGUGACGCGGGCCACGGGGAUCGAGAACGUCAUCACGCGGCAGCGCGGGACGGCCGACACGGGCGGCGUGUUGCUGCAGGCGGCGCUGGACGACUACACCACGUGGACGCAGGUCGUGGCGCUCGUGCUGGACGACGAAGCCGUCGAGUGGGUCGACCUGCGGCCGGUCGUGACCACCAGUGCCGUGCACGGACUGCUGCCGGACGCGACCGGACUUGCGGCCGCGACUGGACGCACGGGCCGGAGACGGCUGGACGACUACGCGCAGGACGUCAUGGGCGUGGACGUCAUGCGCGCGCACAACAUCACGGGCAGCGAUAUCGUCGUGGGCAUCACGGACACGGGCCUGUACAUUGACCACGACCAGUUCGACCAGGCGUCGCGCGCCAUGUACGACCGCGCGGACCCGAGCGCGCGCAAGGUGCUGUACUACCAGACGUUUGCGAACGACGUGGACGAGGCCGAAGGCGUGACGUGCGGCCACGGCACGCACGUGGCGGGGAUCUUGGCCGGGAGCUCGUACAGCCACUUGCACGCGGACAUGGGCAUCGCCCCGAGCGCGCGCAUUGCGUUCAUGGACAUUGGCAACCAGGACGCCGCGUGCGCGGGCACGAACGGGUGCAAAGUGUCGCUCGAGACGCCGGGCGAAGUCGCGGACCUCAUGAACGCACAGGUCGACAUGGGCGCGCGCAUCUUCUCGUUCUCGUGGGGCACGGGCGCGAACGACUACAACACGCAGACGGCACAGGUCGACGAGUACAUCUACGACCACCCAGAGAUCCUGAUCGUCGUGGCCGCAGGCAACAGCGGCGAGAAGGGCCGCCACACGAUCAGCAGUCCAUCCGGCGCCAAGAACGUCAUCUCCGUGGGCGCGAGCCUCAACGCCGCGGCGUCGUUCGCGGCCACGCCGUGUGCGUCCGUCUUGAACGAGCACACGGUCGCGUCGUUCUCGUCCAUUGGGCCGACGCUCGACGGCCGACUGAAGCCCGACCUCGUGGCCCCCGGCAUGUCCAUGACGUCGUCGCAGUCGGAGCCGCCGGGCCAGAAGCUCAAGUCGUCGGCCGUGUGCCCGCUCCAGGGCACGUCGCAAGCCGCGCCCGUGAUCGCCGGCAUGGCCGUGCUCAUCUACGAGUGGCUGCGCGACGGCUGGUGGAAGAACGGCGUCAAGGACGCGGCCUUUGGCAUGAAGACGAUCCCGGCGUCGCUGCUCAAAGCGCUGCUGCUGCACAGCAGCGAAGCGAUGGCCCGGCGGCUGAUUGAACCGACGGCCGACGUCACGUCGUGCGUUGCGCUGGAAGCAGGCGCCAUGGCGCUGCCGGCGUACCCGGACUUUAACCAGGGCUACGGCAAGCCCACGCUGCUCAACCUCGUGUCGUUCCUCGGCCAGGACGACACGUCAGCAGCUUCGACGUCGUCUUCGUCGUCGUCUUCGGCUUCGUCUCCGCCGUCUUCGGGCACGACGAGCAGCAACUCCAUCUACUUCUUCCCCAACUCGUCGACGGGGUCCGAGCCGAGUGUGCUCGAGGGCAGCGAAGUGACGUUCCACUUCAUGCUGACGACGGGCGUGAACCUCCGCGUGACGCUCGUGUGGACCGACCCGCCGGGCUCGGUCGGCAGCAAAGCCACGCUGCAGAACGACCUCGACCUGACGCUGAAGGUCGCCAACACGUCCACGCGGUUCGACCCGCUCUCGGGCAACGGCUCGCGCGACGCCGUGAACAACGUCGAGAUGGUCGAAGUCUCGUACGACGCUGUGUUCGCGGCCGUCACGGCCGCCGGCAUGGACGUCGACCCCGACGGCUCGAUCUACGUCCAGGCCGUCGUCAGUGGCUACAGCGUCAAAGCCGGCGCGAACGCCACGACUACGGGUCAGAAGUUCUCCAUCGUGGCGUCGUCCACGCCGUCCGCCACGUCCGUCACGUUCCUCGACCCCACCCACGGGGCCUUUUGGCAGCCGUGGAUGGUCAUUGGCGCCAUUAUCGUCUCGACGCUCGUCGUGCUUUUGGUCAUUGCUGCGGCCUGGCGGACGCACGUGACCCGCUGCGCCCAUCGGUCGUUGAAGACAGCGGCCGCGCGGGGGGCCACCGCAAUGCCACGGACGGGUGCAACAGGUGCACUGUUUGGGCACAAGGGACUCAGUCGGCGCGACCAAAAGCUGCGCGCGAACGGCGAAGCGUUUACGCCAGUGCCCGUUCCGCUCUGUCCGACGGCAGGCGACUACUGCAACGUACCGACUGCAGGAGCGAUGCAGCAGCAGCGCCCGAUCAUUGAGACGGCAAUAAGAGGGGCAGAUGACCGGAGCAGUCGACGACGGACGGACUUUGACCCGUCCGCGGUGGGUGUCCGUGCACCGAGUCGACGAGCAGCUACUGCAACAACUGCAACUUCAACUAUAACUUCAACUAUAACUACCUCUGGACGGACGAAUGCACUUGCGUCGGUGGAAAAGCCGCCGCGGCUCAUGUCGGCGCGACAGGGCAACUACGCGCACGAGGCGAUCCAUCUCGAGCCGCCAAAGCCCUCGUCGCGUCGACAGGACGAGUUCAGUGGUGUUAAACGUGAGGAAAGUGAUGGGACACUGCGACGGAUCGAGUCGCGACGCGAGCGCCCAAAGAGCGAGCGGAGUGGAGACGGUGCAAGUGACCGCGAACGAGUGCGUAGUGCGCGGAAGAACGCGUCGGUCAAGACGUCGGCCACGCCGCCGCCGUCGUCGUCACGUCGGAAUCGACUGUCUUCUCAAGAUCUAUGA